GCCGUGGAGGUGGCGCGGGGCCUGGGGGUGGUGGUCCGUCCCAGCUGACGUGUUUGAGUGCAUAUUUGGGGAAUUAGCUUUUAUCCUAAUAAUUGUGAGUCCCAUUGAGACGUCUUUUCUGACCAAGCAGCAAGCACCAUUGGGCUGUGUCUUGAUAAGUCGGUUGGAGGAAGAAAGUCAUUGCAUGCGACGAAAGUGGCUCAGAAUCGGCCGGGGAACCUUAUGCCAGAACCGAAACAAGGAUAUUAGUGGGUCCUUCAAAAUUGGCAACGGUAUGGCAUUAACACGCCCUGUGACUAAGUCAUCUCUGAUGAGCAAGAUCCACGGGGCCAUCGCUGACAAAAUGGGAUCUCCUAGACUCAUCAUCGAAAGGCGAACAAUUGAAAAAACCUACAAGCUGAUGGACAGGGUAGUGAAGCUUUGCCAGCAUCCAAAGAUGAACCUGAAGAACUCUCCACCAUUUUUGCUAGAUAUUUUACCUGACACCUACACUCAUCUGAAGGAAAUAUGCAAUCACCAUGAAGAUUUGGAAGUGCUGAACAACAAUGAAUACUUCCGAGUGUUCAUAGAAAACCUGAUGAAGAAAUGCAGGCAGGCAGAGAAAUACUUUCGUGAUGGAAAGGAACAGAUGUAUGAUGAAAAUUCUGUUUAUAGGCGGAAUCUAACAAAACUGUCUCUUGUGUUUUCUCACAUGUUGUCAGAGCUACGUGCAAUAUUCCCUGAACAUAUGUUCAUGGGGGACCAAUUCAGGGUCACCAAGAGUGAUGCAGCAGAUUUCUGGAGGACGUAUUUUGGAGAAAGAACACUUGUGCCCUGGAAGGUGUUCAAAGAGAGGCUGGAUGAGGUGCACCCCAUCAACCCAGGCCUGGAGACGAUGGCGCUCAAGACAACCAUCGACCUCACCUGCAAUGACUACAUAUCCAACUUCGAGUUUGACGUGUUCACCAGGCUGUUCCAGCCGUGGACGACCCUGCUGAAGAACUGGCAGAUCCUAGCUGUCACGCACCCCGGCUACGUGGCCUUCCUCACAUACGACGAGGUCAAGGCGCGCCUGCUCAACUACAGCGACAAAGCCGGCAGCUACGUGUUCCGGCUGAGCUGCACGCGGCUGGGCCAGUGGGCCAUCGGCUACGUGACGAGCGACGGCAGCAUUCUGCAGACGAUCCCGCAGAACAAGAGCCUCUGCCAGGCGCUGCUCGACGGCUACCGGGAACGCUUCUACCUGUACCCGGACGGCAAGGACGACAACCCGGACCUGUCGUGGGCCGUCCAGGCGACCCCCGAGGACCACAUCAGGGUAACGCUGGAGCAGUACGAGCUGUACUGCGACAUGGGCAGCACGUUCCAGCUGUGCAAGAUCUGCGCCGAGAACGACAAGGACAUCAAGAUCGAGCCAUGUGGUCACCUGCUCUGCACGCCCUGCCUCAGCUCCUGGCAGGAUUCGGAGGGCCAGGGCUGUCCGUUCUGUCGAGCCGAAAUCAAGGGCACGGAACAGAUCGUGGUGGACGCGUUCGACGCCAGCCGGGCACGCGCGCGAGUCCGCCGUCUGCGUCACGAUUGUCUGCCGCCGCCCCCGCCGCUGCCGCCGCCGCCGCCCGCCGCAAACGGCCGGACGGACCCGCUCACGUGACGCCGCCACCUGUCGGCCGUGUCCAUAAACCAAAGUUGCCGUCCGGCCGCCGCAUGCCGACUGGCGCGAUGGUCGACCGUCUGUCUGUCUAGCCUUUUUACAUACGCUUAGUACUUAUGAUGCGUGCGUGGACUCGGAAGUGAAUGAGGCCUCGCAGCGAUGGACUGUGGGCCAGCAUCUGGAGGGAACGUGAUGUCUUUGUGCCGGUGGCGUUGUCGGGUUGUGUAAACCACGUUUGCUCGUCACCGAUUUUUCCGUGAGGAAUGUUCUUCAGGGUCGUGUCGAUGUCUUUUGUCGAUGUCGAUGUCACUCGCUAGCCCUGAAUUUGACAGUGUGGAUGGUUGGUUAUUGCUAGCCCUUGAUUCAGCAGAUUGUGACUGUUGAUUAUUUCACACUGUCUGGUACAUUCUGUGUAUUUGUCAUCAUCAAACUGUGUUUGCACCUAGGAAACCAAAUAGCACACACCACGUCUUCCCAGUGUUCUCCCUUUUUGUGGGCAUGGGACCGGAUUCGCUUUGCUAUCAUGGUGCGAUUAGCUUCAUCUAGCUAAGGAUUAAUGAAUCCUUCCGUACAAACCUGGCGCUAUGUCAUGUCCGCUGUUCUCGACAUCUGGUUUGCGCAUGUGUGUGUGUGACAGGGACCCUGGGCUUGGAGAUGGGCGUGCUCUCCAAACUUCGCGUAUCCCUCCGGGGCCAGUGCUGCUCACAGUGAUUCAGACCGUUGGGGUUCGGAUCCAGCCAGGUCCAGUCUGCUCCUGACCUCGUCGGACGUCUGUCGUCGUCCCGCAGCCGCCGGCCACGCGGCGGACCUUGUCCCGCCUUCGCUCUCGUCUUUCGGCGCCACGCGUGCCCCGCACCAAGCGCGCGCCGGUCUGCGACAGCCGCCGUCUUUUGUUUCGGAGCCCCGUCGGGGCGCUGUUCCCUGCGCCUGCGCCGGAUAGG